AUGGAGCCAGUCAGACCCCCCCGGGACAAGACCUUCCCUUCCAAAGCCAGAGACGAGUCCGAGUCACCUUCAAGAUCCCACUCCAGAUCUAGUAGCCUCCGACGUGCGUCCUUUGGCUCUGUCAAGGAAGACGUUGACGGCAUCGCACAGAGCUUUCUGGAUACCAAGCUGUCGGAGGAUCGGUCGUCAGACCACAGCAGCGCCGUCAACAUGGCUGCCGCAGUUGACCACCUGCCCGAAUUUUGCUGCCCCUGCGGAGGCUUCAUGGGCUGGAAGCAGAUCCGUUUGCGAGGACGGAAGAUGAGCAAGAGCUAUGGCGAUCUGCGGCUUUUGGGUCAUAGGAGCUCUUCAACUGCUUGGGCCUGGGACACCCCAAUCAAACGUCCGAUCAUUCAAGAGGUGCUCGUAGAGCCGGAGCAGAUACAGCCUCGCCUAAGCAUCGAAGAUCUGCCCGUUGAAGUGCUUGUGCAAAUCAUAUCUUACUUGGCCGUUGAACUUCCGCCAAACGGCUAUACCCCUCGCAAUGUUGACCUGGUCUCUUGUCUGUUGACAUCUCGUACCCUCCACUCGGCAACCUUGAGCGUGCUCUAUCGCAACAUCACUAUCCCCCACUCGGUGAUUUUUUCCAAAUUAUUGAAGCACAUCGUUCAAUUUCCGGCCCUGGGGACCAUUGUUCGUCGCCUGGAUUUCUCCCACUUUACCUCUGUGGGCCUUGGCCGUACUCGACAGAUGAAUGCCGAAAUCCAGAACCUGACUACCAAAACACUUAUGCAAUGCUUGGAUUUGCUUCCUAAUUUGAUGGAGUGUCUGUUCCAGGAACACUUGGAGACUGAUAUCGAUGCUGCAGUUGUCCGGAAGAUAUUUGCCGACCUCCCCAAAUUGCGGGCUGUAGACUUCUGCGGCUGCUCUUCACAAGCUUUCUCGACGGGGUUCUUGGAAGCUUUUACUGCCACUUCUGAUAUUCCCAACUAUUUGACGCAAUUGAAAAGGCUAUCCUUGCACGAAUGUAGUGGGUUGUCUUCUGCAGUUUUCGAAAAGCUACUCCCACGAUUGAUCAACCUGACCCAUCUAGACCUUGGGCGAACGCAGAUUACGGAGACAGCUUUGCUUUCCUUGCCAGACACUGCUCGGCUGACCCAUCUGAAUCUCUCAAAGUGCUUGCGGCUAUCCGGUCAACAGGUUGUCGGGUUUUUGAAAACUCAUCCUGCCGUUAACGAGUCGUUGGUUUACCUUAAUUUGAUGACCGAUCCAUCUCGCUAUCGUCUUCUUGAAGCAGAGGAUGUGACUGCGCUGCUACCGAAGCUGCCGUCGACUCUCCGGUCUCUGAAUUUGAAUGGCGCACGGAUUACUUCGGAGCAUGCGCCGCUUCUUCUUCCGUUAACUAAACAUCUGGAAGAGCUCGGGCUUAGUGGAGCAGAGUUAUCUGCCAGUGAUCUAAACUCGUUUUUUGUUCCUCCAAGCUCCUCAGAGGCUGCAAAGUUGUGGCAGCCACCGUCUCUUCACUACGUCGACUUGAGCAAAGUGCCAUCCAUUUCUUUGUCGACACUUUUUAACCCUAGGGUUUGUGUGCUCGUCUCUUCACAGAGUAUGCCACUAGAAGUGAUUGAAUUAAGCGAUAAACUAAUCACUCCUCUCCGCGACCGCACGAAAUCUGCAAAAUCAAAUGGGUGGUCACUUCGAGAGCUUGGUCGUAGAGGCUGGUAUGUCAGAGAGCCGACCAGAAUCGAUACGCUGGCCAUCGACGAUGGGUCACGUUGGUGGAAGAUGGGAGCUCGCUGGUGGGGAAUGAGGAAAAUUCCUGUCACUGUUGGCGAAGUUGGAGGCAUUUAUGGUCACUACAUGUUCAAGAAGUGA